AAGCACAUUUGCAUGCGCACACACCAGGGAAAAAACUGGUCCACAAGUAAAUAGACAAAUCAUGUAUUAAUUUCAGUAGACUGGAUAUAAAGCAUUUGGCUAGUUUGAAUGCUGUGUUCUUUAACAAACCCAAAGGGGCUGACCAAUGAGGUCAACCGACCACCGGAGUUUUAUUUAGGGCUGUAGGUCCUCUAAUGCUCCCCAGCAGCUGUCGUGAAUGUGUGUGAAUACGUGUGUGCACGUCUGAACUUUCCAGUUCUUCUGAUCAUUCAUCUUUGUCUGCCCAGUCACAAUGACUCUCCAGUGGACAGCUGUGGCUUUCUUCCUCUAUGGAGAGAUAGCAGUCAACCUCAUCCUGUGUAUACCCUUCAUAUCAGCACGGAGAUGGCGUUUGGUUUUCAAGUGGGGAAUAUGGAACUGGUUAUCACCAUAUUGGAACAAAUUCUUCUUUACUAUGAUCAUGGUCCUUAUUGUUCUUUUCCUCGAUGCCCUUCGUCAGGUGCAGAAGUACUCGGGACCCGAGCCCAUGCAAGAUGCCAAAGCGAACCCCAAUUUGUAUGACCACGUCCACAUGAAGCUGUUCAGAGCUCAGAGGAACCUCUACAUAUCUGGCUUCUCUCUCUUCCUCUGGCUCAUCAUGCGUCGGGUUGUCACCUUGCUAAACCAGGUUGCUGUCACAUUGGAGAACAGUGCAGGCCUUCAGGCGCAGAUGGACAGGGCUGUCAAAGCAGCCAACCAGCACCAGGAGGACAACCUGAUGCUCAAACAAGCUCUGCUGGAUGAAGAAAAAUCCGUGUCAGCAAAAAACCAGGGACUGAAGCUGGAGGUUGAGAAGCUGGCAGGUCAACUGAAGGCUGCAGAGGAGGCUGUGUGCAAAUCUCAUGCCGAAGUGGAAGCCAUGAAGAGGCAGGCGAAAGGUCUGGCACAAGAGUAUGACAGACUAUUAAGGGAACACCAUCAGCUCCAGAAUCUCCAGAGUGCUGAAGACAAAAAGGAUCAGUAACCACAGGAAUACAGUGAGACUUUCGUUUCAGGUGUUGUUUCUCCUCUGUCUAUGGAAGCCAUUUCUUUUCUUUACACUAGAACUGUCUGCCAUGUGCAAUAGAACGCCAGAGGCCAUAUUUGUAUUAUCUUUUACAACUUUCAUUUUCCUUUAAAGUCUUAACCGAGGCACAUGUUUGAAUUUGUAGGAUAAAACAAACGAUUGGCUACGGUUUAUGGGAUAAACACUAGCAUUCAAUGUUUUCAAAUGCUGAAAGAUCUUCUUACUACAAUCUGUAUUAUGAAUAUGCAUCGUGUCUUUUUGUAAGUUGCUCUAAUAACUAUUCAGUCUACAAAUGAAUGGAAAAAAUGUCCUUAAAUUACUUCAGGAGCUCAUGCUUAUUGCUAAUACCAUCCUCCUGUCAGCACAUAAUGAACAAUGUAUACAUGCUGUAUGGAUUUAAGUUAU